AUGAAAAAGGAGGAGAGGUGGAUGAAGAGAUUACCCAUCAUCCCUAGUGCCUACAGAUCCCAGUGCCCACCGGGGCAUGCUUGCCCAUUUGGUAGUGCUGAACCGUACAUCUGCAGUCCUGGCACUUAUCAGUCUUCAUUUGCACAGUCCACUUGUAACACCUGCCCACCAGGUUUCUACUGUAUGGAGGGGUCGUCUGUUCCAUCCCCAUGUCCAGUGGGCACUGUCAGUUCCUCAGCUGGAAGGACGUCCCAGACUGACUGUUCCCUCUGCCCCCCUGGCUUCUUCUGUAACAGCAGUGCUCUGACAGAGCCGUCUGGACCCUGCAGCCCAGGGCAUUUUUGUUCCCGGGGAUCCACUGAGCCCUCCCCUGUCUCCCAGCCUUAUGGAGAUGUGUGUCCCAUUGGACACUUUUGUCCUCAGGGAAGUGAGUCACCCACUCCAUGUCCUAGUGGCGGCUUCCUUCCAGAGCCUGGGGCUUCCUCCUCCUCUCAUUGCCGCCCAUGCCACCCAGGGAAAUAUUGCCACAGUCCUGGAGCAUCACAGCCCACAGGCCUGUGUUUUGCUGGUUUCUUCUGUACUGGGGGAGCAGAUAACCCCACACCCAGAGCCAACACGUCUUCAUUCAUUUGUCUCCGUGAAAUACUGGACUUUUAUACCGCAAAGACAGAUGACACCAUCUGGAUGCACAAUGCGUCCUGCUUCGAUAACUCCAGUAAUUCUGGUUUUUACUGUCCCCUGGGCUCAGCUUAUCCCCACCCCUGCGAGGCUGGAUCUUACUGUAACCGCACAGGCUUAGAUGCCCCAGCGGGUCCCUGUUCUCCAGGGUACCACUGCCCCAGAGGCUCCAUAGACCCCCAUGCUACCCCUUGUCCCAGAGGACACUACUGCCCCCUUGGUACUCCUGUCCCUCUACCUUGUCCAAUUGGAAACAUGAAAAGCUCUUAUGGUGGAUUUACAGAAGGGGCAUGUCAGCCGUGUCCUCCAGGUCAUUACUGCAGCCAGAGUGGCAUGGCUGAGCCAAGUGGCCAAUGUGCAGAAGGCUACUACUGUCCCGAGGGACAGAGCUUUCAGAGUCCACAACAACAUGUCUGCUCAGCAGGACAUUAUUGUAAGAAGGGGAGUGCCAUGGAGUCAGCCUGUCUUCCAGGCAGCUACCAGCAGAGACAGGGCCAGGGCAGCUGUGAAACAUGCCCUCCUGGUUUCUAUUGUCAAGAUCAAGGAAUGAUUGUUCCACUGCCAUGUGAGAGAGGUUUUUAUUGUCCUGGUGGAUCAGUUAAUCAACACGCCUGUCCAGCAGGGACUUACGGAAACAUGUCAGGGCUGAUUGAGAAGAGGCAGUGCUCACUUUGUGACCCUGGGAUGUACUGCAAAGGAGAAGGGAGGACUUCUCCCAUCGGCCCAUGUGCUGCAGGGUUUGUUUGUGUGGGUGGAGCCUCUGAACUGUCUCCAUCUGACAAUCUGACUGGCUACCCUUGUCCUCCUGGAUUCUUCUGCCCUGUUGGGACAGCUGUACCUAAACCAUGUCCAAAAGGAACAUACAGUGAGCAGACCGGGCUUGUGGAUGAGUCUCAGUGUUGUAGCUGCAGUCCUGGUUUCUACUGUUCAGAGACUGGCCUCUCUACAGUGUCUGGACCCUGUCUGCCAGGUUUCUACUGUUUAGAGGGAUCCCAGACUGCCACUCCAGUGUCCAGUGCAUCUGGAGGAGUUUGUCCAGCAGGUCACUACUGUGUAGAGGGCAGCAGUGUACCCUCACCCUGUCCGUCUGGCUCUUACCAGAAUGACACCGGAGGAAAAAGCAUAGAAGACUGCAAACCUUGCCCUAUUGGCCAGUUCCAGGCAGCGUCAGGGCAGAACCAGUGUAAUCUGUGUCCCCCUGGAUUCCACUGUCAGGACCUAAAUUCCAGUCCCAGUGAGGGGGGCUCCAGUGGACUCUCUAGUCCUGUACCCUGCCCACCUGGAUACAUCUGUCCCAGUGACAGCACAGACAGCCAGCCUCUUCCCUGCCCCAAAGGCACAUACAGCCCUAACCCAGGUUUAACCACAACAGGUGAGUGCCUAGUGUGUCCAGCAGGUCAGUUCUGUGGCUCUGAAGGUUUGGUAGAACCAUCCGGACCAUGUGACUCUGGAUACCUCUGUCUGAUGGGCGCCAUGGUACCCAACCCUACUGACAACAGAACCGGAUCUCUGUGUCCACCUGGAAUUUUCUGCAUGGAUGGGCUCCGAGCAGAUGGUAAAAUGUAUUUGACCAUGUUUAAGGCGAUUGCUGGGCAGGAUAUUUUUGUGACUGGGGAUCUAGCAAAGCAGAUGCAGCUCUUUGCCCAGCUGGAUUCUUCUGCCCUGCUGGAACACCAGACCCCAUACCGUGUCCUGCAGGAACAUUUAGCUUUGGAAGAGGAAAUACACAACAAGACAACUGCACCACCUGUACAGCUGGACACUACUGUCAAAGUGGGUGAAGGUACUGUUCAGCCCACACUGUGUCCUGUUGGAUACUAUUGUCCUGCAGGACUUAAAGUAGGUCUAGAAUUCCCCUGCCCACCUGGUACUCUACAGAAUCAGCUCGGUUCCUCCAGUCCUGACGCCUGUGUGCCCUGCCCCGCUGGAAUGUUCUGCUCUUAUCCUGGUCUGUCUGAGCCUACGGGGCUGUGUGAGGCAGGAUAUUUCUGUCCUGCUGGAUCUACAAGCUCUAAUGAGGUUAUCCGUACCUCUGUACAGACACUGAAUGAUAAGGGAAUUACACUGAAAGUCAACUAUGCCCUUCAGGCCAUUACUGCCCACCAGGGACUGGCCACCCACUCCCCUGCCCUGCGGGCUCGCUCUCCAUCUCCCCAGGACUGA